AUUAACCUCAAAUGUACAAAUGUUUAUUUUUUUUUUAAUCGAAAUUGAACUUUAUUAUCGCUCCUUUCGCUCUUACAGGUUUAAAUUGGGGAACUGGCAACUGGGAGUGUAAGGGAAGCGGCAGAUUCGGCAACUGUGAAUAAUGGGACUGAUCGCUCUGGGUCGUCCGAUCGGAAGACGGCUAGUUCACGAUGUAUGAGAAGAGUUAGCAUUGCAUUCCGACAACACAAAUUGAAAGGGGAAACGCUUUGUAAUCAAAACAGAAGGACACGGUGGAGAACUUGCAGAAAAUCCAUUCAAAUGCAAUUCAAAAACGUUAAAAGUCGAAGCGAUUCCAUGAUUGCAGCAGCUGCCGAUGGUGCGAAGCUAUUUUUUAAAAGACUGUGCCUCGAGUUGAAUUACUACGGAUAUAAAAACGGUAGUGAAAUGGGUCGAAAGUGUUAUACCUAUAGUUUGUAAGCGUGAAAAAAUGUGUUGUUUGUGCGAACUUCGAAUAAAAAUUGUAAAUCGUACCAGUGUCGAAUGUUCUAUCAAAUCCCGUGCAAGAAAUUACCAAUAACAGUAGAAAAUUAGAUUUCCGAUCAUUGAGUGUGAUGUGUUGCCUAUAAGCCAGGCUAUUUAGGGGCUCGAGUUCGUUUUAUCAGACCUCUGCCGCUGGUCCGGUUUGUUUAUUUUGGCCUUUAGAAUUCAAAACGACCAGAUCCUGGACAUCAAACGAUAUGUAACCUUUGUUUAUUCCUUUGAAUAUAAAUUACGGUUUAUUAGUUGAUAAUAAUUAAAUAUCGUCCCGCCAUCUGGCGUUAUCAAGUCAGACUCACAACUUACCAAUUAUAUUAGUUGUUGAAACUUCUUACAGAUGUCACAACCAGACCGAAAAAAAGAUCGGGUUCAUUAAACAAACGUUAGAUGUCGGAUAGUUGUUUUCAAAUUAAAAAGCGACCUAUUUUUAUCUUUAUUUUGCUACAUUUCGGCAGUGCGGAGGAAUAGUCACGUUACACUUACCUUGUAAUGGUGUCCUUCAUGUACUUAGUCGUAUUUGCAUAAUCUUAGAUUCAAGGAAAUAGCUAAAAUAUGUGAAUCCGACGAGUAUGUAGCCUGUUGGUAGGCAACACAUCAUACUCGAAGAUCACUGUAAUUCGUACGCGAUUCUUCUGACUGCCAGAGGUAGUAAAACGCUCGGGGGAGACACGAAGCAAGGGAAAGGUGCUCCUUUCAGAGUAGAAUGUCCCCUACAGACGCGGACGUCCAGUGCAUCGCUCCUGCCAUCCCCCAUUCACCAGCUCCUACGCCGCUUCCGGCACAGUCAUUCAGGAUUGGAGUUCCGUCACCUUCCCAUCAUCAGGACGCCUUUGGAAAACAAUUCCGUAGCGGUGUCACAUUUAUUUAGUUGUAAUUUUUUUUGCAGAAAUUCUACAAUGACCUUCAGUUGCUUACAAUGCGUCUACGGGAACGUGGUGAUCCAGCAGCGGUACGUGCUCUGCUUCAUGGUUUUUUUGGGGAUCUGCUGCGAUUACACGCUGCGCCAGUGCCUGAACAUUUCCAUAACGGUGAUGGCGAAACCUCCACCGCCGAAGGAGGGCGCGACCGUCCCGCCAACCGCGUGUCCAGCUUCUACGACGAAAAGACCAAAAAGGAUGGGGAGUAUCCGUGGACGGCGAGCGAGAAGGCGGCCAUUUUGUCUUCAUUUUUUCCCGGGUACAUACUGACGCACAUUCCCGGAGGAUUCAUGGCGGACGCGUACGGGGCGAAGCACGUGCUUGGGAUCGGCGUCGCCAUAUCCGCCGUGUUGUCGGCGCUCACGCCCGUCGCGAUCGACAUCGGCGGCGUGGUUCUUUUGUGCAUCACGCGCAUCGUGAUGGGCUUGGCGCAGGGACCGCUCUUCCCGGCGGUGACCACGUUCCUGGCCAGGUGGGUGCCGAAGGCGCAGCGAGGGCGGCUAGGCGGUCUGGUCUUCACCGGACCUCAAAUUGGAAGCAUCAUUGCAAACGCCCUCACCGGAGUCUUGAUUUCGGCCUUCGGCUGGAGGUGCGGGUUUUACUUUUGGGCCGUCAUCGGAUUGGUAUGGUUCGUCAUUUACUGCCUAUUGUGUUACUCCGAGCCCGCAAUACAUCCUUACAUCACUCCCGAAGAGAAAGAGAUGCUCAUCGCCGAAUGCGGAUCGGCAGUAAAGCUGAAGGUGCCGUGGAUGAAGCUCAUCUUCUACUGGCCGACCUUCGCGCUGAUGAUGGGACAGUCGGGUCACGGCAUACUGUUCUUCUUCAUCUGUACCAAUCUUCCGACAUACUUCAAGGACGUUCUUCAAUUUUCGGUCAGCAUGAACGGCUUACUGACGUCAGUACCUUACGCUGCGCUGUGGAUCAGUGGCGCAAUCAGCGCAGUAAUUGCGGACACGGUCAUCAAUAAAGGACUGAUCAGCAUCGUUGGAAUUCGAAAACUCUACACGACCAUAGCUUCCGUUCUCCCAAGCAUCUGCGUACUCUUGGCGGGAUACGCCGGCUGCAACCAGUACCUGGCAGCAUCCUGGUUUAUCCUGUCAAUGUUCUUCAAGGGACCGUUCUACCCCGGACUGAGAGUGAACGCGUUGGACAUCACCAAGUACUUUUCGGGCGUACUCUCCGCCUUCGUAAACGCGGCCGGAUCGCUCGCCUACUAUCCCGUAUCGUACAUAAUCGCCGCAGUUGCACCGCAGAACACCUUGGACCAGUGGAUGAUCAUGUUUUGGAUCAUGUUCGGGACUUCCAGCAUCACUAACAUCAUCUACGUCAUAUGGGCGUCGGCCGAUCGCGCAGAGUGGGACAAAAUCGAGUAAUUGCGACGUUAUACACUUACUCAAUAAAUAUCUCGAGUCUA